AUGGUCAAGAGAUAUCAAAAACUUGCCUCUGGCUGGGAACUAAUAUCUACUGACGGUCACAAGAGAGAAGCUACGCUCAACGGCGCGAAUAUCAGAUUACCGUCCGCCCUUGUUCAGGACGGACCAUUCACCGGUAGCCACACCACGUUGUCUGGAGUUGGGCCUAGCGCGGUCCUGGAGAAGCUGCGAGCGCAGAUACUGGUGGAAGACUCCAAGGGAGGCAGGCAGGCGAGGGCAGAAGUGCAGCUGGUGCCAGCAGAGAAAAUGAAAAGCGGAAGGCUGUUAGAGCUGCGUAGUCCCAUAGAUAAUAAAAAUAAGGAACCGGAUAGUGAGAUUCUUUGA